AGUAUUCGAAGUGCGUGUUGAACUCAUUGUGUUGAAAUUCUUUGUGAUAGACGUUGAAAAGUCGUAUAUUAGGAACAUGAGACAUCCGUAAGGUGAAUCGUAUACGGCGUCACCCGCUUAUAGCAAGACUCAGAAGUGCGAAGGCACAAUGCCUCUUCUUGGACGUAAGCCGCUUGUUCGGAAUCCCUUUCCGAAUCCGGAGGAAUCCAAGGAAGCAUCGGAAAAAGUAGCUGCUGAUUCUGAUAGCGGCGACUCGGAGAUUGAAGAUGAUUUUACCCCCGAUCCGGCUGAAAUCGAUGGGAAAUUGUUCUACAACAGUAUGACGAAAGAGGCUUUUGGAAGUUUCGAUGAGCACUUCAAGCGCGUCGUUGAGUGCAAGUCGUUGCUGUGGACUUGUGAACUAACAAUGACUCCAAAACUCACAUAUCCCGAAGCUCUGGAAUCCGAAAGAAAAGCGAUGGAGUGCCUUAAAAGCAUUCCCAUUUCGUUGAAGCGUGGGAUGCUGUUCGCUGUUGCUCAAACGAAGCGCCAGCGGCUUGUAGAUCUAUGGGAGGAUAUUUAUAAUUUCGUCAAGGAUCGAUACUUUGUUGGUGAAGAAGUGGAAGCUCUGGUCAACGGUCAGUGGAGCAACUGCUCAAUUUUAAACGUAGUAUCACCGACUGAAGCGGAACUUUCCAAAAAGAGGAAUUUGAUCAACAAUGUGGAUGGUGAUUCCCAUGAGGCUUGGCCUCCAGCAAACGUGUAUAAAUACCAUGUUCAAGAGAAAGCAGAAGAUGAUGGCAAUUCCAAGCGAAAAUCGAAAUCGAAGUCACCCAAAAAUGUAAUCUUGAAUGCGGAUAAAAUCAGACGACCUCGAGGAAUCUUCACGAGAUUCAAGAAUAAACUUUACGUAAAGCUCGUGACUACGUCCACAAGCGAAAAAAAUCUCGUCCUGAAGGAAGCUGCCUUGGCCAAGCAUGGUGUUAGAGACGGAAAUUUUGUGGAUGUUUUUUGCCAACCCAUGCCAGUUUUUCAUCAUGGAAUCUCUGAAAAAAUGCAAGCUGAAGAUUUGAUGAGUGCAUGUCCAUCUGCCGAAGGGAAAAAGAAUCUGAUGAGCAACUUCGAAGGAAGCGGAGAUAUCAGGAAAUUCAUGGCAAUCGCCAAGCUCAAGGAAGUUAAGAAAUCCCCGAAAUCUUCUCCAAAGAAAGAAACGGCGGAGCAGAAACGGAAGCGUUUGGAAAGGGAGGCCGAAGAGCGUUUGGAAGCUGAAAAAAAGCGGAAGGAAGAAGAAAAGCUAAGAAAGAAAGAAGAAAAACGGCUUUAUGCAGAGCUCUUGCGCGACUGGCACAAACCAAAAGAGGACUUGGAGUUGGAAGAUUUGAAGGAUCUUCCGGUUAGUAAACCCGUUAUUUCUAGGUUGCCGAACAAGCUUUUCGGGGGCGUUAUGGAAAUUCUUGAAUUCUUCAACGUUUUCAACAAAACCCUGAACUUCGGGAGAUGGUUCCCUAGUGGCCUGACGUUUGAAAAAGUCGAGGAUGCACUGGCUGAAGAGGAUAUGCGCGCAGGGCUAAGCGAACUUCUGAUAGCUCUUCUUGAGCUUAUAUUUCAACUGCAGGAUGACGAGGACUCCGAAAUGGGUUCUGGGCACUUGAAAGCAGACGCUUCACUUCGAGAAUUGCUUGUGGUGGAUGACGUGGAGAAUCCCAUGGCAAAAGCUGUUGAAUUAGCAACCGUUUCUGCGUCCUGGUGCAAGCAGUAUUUGGGUGUCACUCUGGAAGAUCUUACUCGAGAUUGUUGCAGUAUUUCGGAAGUCUUGAGACUGCAUUUAUUAGCAUCUGGAGCUCAGUGUUCGGAGAAGAGCAAAGCUUGGCGAUAUCAGCAGCGUGGAGGAUAUUCUUCCAAGGACGACCCGGGUAUCCAGUUCCGUCUAGAGCAUGGAGACAUUCUCCAGAAGCUCUCCUCAUCUCAUGUUUACCAAUUAAGUCCGGAAGAAAAGCUUUCAGUAAUCUCGUGUUUGAUAAGCCAAAUAAUGACCUAUGUGGGCUUCCGCGAUGCGAUUGAUGAAACGUCCGAUAGUAUCAUCUCAAAGCGUCGAGAGCUCUACAAAAUCCGCAUGGAUGAUAAGAAGAAAGCCAAAGAGGAAGCCGCGCAAAGGAUCAAAGAGAAAAAGGAAGCCAAAAAAGAAGGGAAACCCGUAUGUCAAACCAAAAUGGACGAAGAGGAGGAGGAAAAUCCGCGGCGUCUCGAAACUAGAAGACAAACGGAAGAAUCCAGGAAAAAGGAAAAUUCAGAGCGACGGGAAAAAGAUCUCAUAGCUGCUCUAACGGUUCUCCAGUCGCAGUAUGCGUUGCUUCCGAUGGGUCGUGAUAGAGCUCAUCGAAAUUUCUGGACGUUCAAUUCCGUACCAGGAAUCUUCGUGGAAGAUCACGGAGAAUUGAUUGGUCCUUGCCAGAAUAAGCCAACUCCUUUUCCGAUCAAAGGACUUCCGGAGCCCGGCGUCAAAGAAAAGCGAGAAGAUAUUCGAAAAUUUUUAACCUUACACAAGGCGGCUUCUGAAGUCAACGGAAGAAUUUCUGAGACUGGAAGUGAUAAAGAAAACGACGAAGACUUGGAGCGAGAAAGAAAUAUCGUGAGGAAACCGAAUUCUGCCGGUGAUGUGUUAGGUCAAAGCAACAACUCCGCGUAUGCAAAGGCUGUUGUUAAGCUCGAAGCGUGCGCUGAAGCCGAAUCGAAGCUUCUCGAUGUCCACGCUGCAUUGGAGAAAAGUCGUGUGUUCGGCAUGUGCUUGGGGAAAUCUCGGGAAGCAGAUUGUCCGGUGCAUUCGUCCACAAUUGAGAGAACUCGAUGGUCCUUCUAUUCAACUCCGGAAGAAGUUGAAGCUUUAAUUGAAGGAUUAAAUCCUCGAGGUCUUCGUGAGAAGGAAUUGAAAGAAGUUUUGAUUGCGGAGAAAAAGAGACACAUGGCUCGACUGGAUCGGUUUCCGUUGCAUCUUCUCGAUAUCACUGCGGAUAAGCCUGGACAGUCCGCUAGAAUUGAACAGCGACAGAAAUCGGAACGUAGGAAAGGCUCCACUGGUGUUUUCCUUAGUUAUGCCACGCACCCAUUCGGAACUUCCUCGGAGUACAUGAUGGAACUUACGUUCCGCGACAAGCUUUUGGAAGUGGAGGAGAAAGUACAUUUGGGAAAUCUCGGGCUCUUGAAAGUUGGUGAGCGCGAUGCCUGGCGAGAUGCACUCAUGUCUGGAAAUUACGAUCAGCAAUGCGCGAAGUUGAUCUGGGCUGGAGGACAGUUUAAGGAGACCGAGGUCGCAGCUACUCCGAGAAAACCGGGCAAGGAAGAAUCCUUGAACCCAGAAGAAGUUGAACAAAAGGAACGGCGUCUCAAAACCCGUCAGCUUGCAGCCGCUCUUUUGCAACUUGAGCAGAGUGUUGAACCGAAAUACAUGCAACCGCCUUUGGGCGAAUCUGCCGCUGCAAAGAGCAAAAAAGCUGGAAAUGAAGCGGAAAAUCACGAGGACGAAGAAGAGACGGGCGACGAAGAUAAGAAGACUGAAACGAAAUUGACCCUAUUGCAGCGUUGGGAAUUAUCUUUGAAAAAUGUCGUUUCAGUGCCACAACUGUUCUUACAUCUAGAAGUACUUUCUACAAGCAUCAUGUGGUCUCGUUCAACUUUGAACGCGAGAUGCAAAGUCUGUCGAAGGAAGGGAGACGAACAACUGCUUUUGUUGUGUGAUGGUUGCAAUAUCGGCUAUCAUACGACAUGCUUGAAGCCAAAGUUGAAGUCAAUUCCGAGAGGGGAUUGGUUUUGCCCUCUAUGCAAACCGGUGCAACCAGAGGCUCCCCAAGCCAGACGUCCUCCAAGACGUCGUGCGUUUUCUGAAACUUCCGAUUCGGAAAUCGAACAGUCCGAAGAAGAUGAAGAGGAGGAAAAUGAAGAAAUGACAGUAGAAGCUGAAGCGGAAACUAGCAAGGAUGACGACGAGGACGAAGGUGAAGAAGCGGUUGUAGCAGAAGAGGAUGAAAGGAUAGAUUCUGAGGAAGACGUUGAAUCGGACGAGGAGAAUGAUACGUGUGAAGUUUGUGGAGAUGAGGGAAAACUGAUCGCUUGCUCCGGUAAGAAAUGUGAUGUUCAAGUUCACCAAAAAUGCGCCGAUCCUCCGGUAAAGAAGGGCCAGCAAGGCAAAUGGACAUGCGCUAAAUGUACGAAAUCGGCGAAAAUAUCCAUCGGUGGAAAAUCUGCAGAUAAGUCCUUCGAAAUGGCGAAACGAGACUCUCGACGGGGUGUAAAACGGUCCCGUAGUAGUUCAUCUACUCCGGAACCAUCUCCGAAACGUGUGACUAGGCCGAAACGCGCGAACGUCCAUCAAUCGUCCGAUUCUGAAUUCGAUGAAGACGAAGACGAUUUUGCCCCUGCUCGUCGUUCCUCGUCCGGAACUGCGACCAGAAGAUCGGAUCACAAAUUGCGAGAAGACGUAGAUCUCGACGUUGCGAUGAUGUCGAAUCUGCUUCAAGAACUUGUUCAAGCAGAAGACUCUUGGCCGUUCCUGCGACCGGUUACUAAGAAAGAUGCACCCGAUUAUGCGGACAAAAUAAAAAAUCCCAUGGAUUUUGGCACCUUGAAAGGGAAACUCAUCAAUAAUCGGUACAAGACAAACGAAGAAUUUUUGAACGAUGUGCAGUUGAUCUUCGAAAAUUGUAAAGAUUACAACGAAGAGACGGAGUCUGUGUACAAAUGCGCUGAACGAAUGGUAAAACUAUUCCACAAGAAGUUGGAUAAAAUAGGCUUAACCUACUUCUACUCCGACGGACCCGUUGUUCGGAAGAAAGGGAAAUCGAAAUGAUGCAGAGGCUUACGUUUUGUACAUUUUGAGUCUGUCGCAAUUAGGCUCCUUUAGAUAUUUUCAUCUCUGGCCCUGUGUGAAGCUGUUGUAUGAAUUUUCUGGAGCAGAUGCAUUAAACAAUUUCUUGCCGUUUGCUCUAUACUGGUAUUGAAGUAAUUUUUACAAUUUUACUGGGAUUUGAAUGACGGGUUUUGCAAAGCUCUCUUGAUCUGUGGACGAUUGUGUUUUUUACGAGAGAUUUAGUCAUUCCGUUCAUGUCUGAAUUUUCGAUGUAAUAAAUGUGUAUUCAGAA